ACUUCCUCCCUGUCUGUCUGGGAGCUCUACUUAGAGCCGGAGAGCUUGGCUGGAAAAGUCACAAGGGCUCUGUGCGACUCCAAGGAAUCAGCAGCCUGAGCCUUGGCACUGGGGCUGUGUUUUUAUAGGCGUUCCUGUGCCUUCUGCCACUUUCUUUCCUGCCUACUAUUUUGGGAGAAAGGGAUGCAGGAUUGCACCUUGCACUCUAACAGCUUGCUGGGCAAAAACAAAGAAGUCAGCUUCCAAAUAAGCCUCUUCCAAGUCUUGCUUUUCUUCUAAACCAACAGUCUGCUGUGUAGAAUGUGUGGCUGCCAGUGGACUCAAUUGAUGGGGGUCUGUCUGAUCCUGCUCUGCAGUCUCUCCUUCUCUCUCUCUCUGGGGAACUUCUCAGCACAUAGCGGACAGGAAGAUGGACAGUCCUCAAACAGCCUGGAAGAAGACUCUGAUGUAACGGCAUACUGGUGGGGGGAGUGGGCCAAGUGGACAGCCUGCACUCGCACCUGUGGAGGAGGGAUCAAGUUCCAAGAGCGGCACUGCCUCAAACAAAGCAGGAGGAAGACAGCUGUUGGAAAGGACAAUAUGACCUGCACUGGCACAUCCAAGAGGUAUCAUCUCUGUGACAUACAGGAAUGCCCCCCUUCAGGACGGAGUUUCAGAGAGGAGCAGUGUUCAUCUUUCAACUCCCAAGUGUACAAUGGCAGGAACUAUCAAUGGAAACCAUUGUAUCCAGAUGACUACGUGCACAUCUCCAGCAAGCCGUGUGAUCUGCACUGCACUACGGUGGACGGGCAGAGACAGCUGAUGGUGCCAGCGCGGGACGGGACGUCCUGCAAGUACAGUGACUACAGAGGGGUCUGCGUCAACGGCAGGUGUGAGCCCAUUGGAUGUGAUGGAGUGCUGUUCUCCUCCCACACACUGGACAAGUGUGGCGUGUGUCAGGGGAAUGGGAGCAGCUGCAUAAGGGUCACAGGGAACUUCAGGAAAGGAACGUCACAAUUGGGUUACUCCUUUAUAACUGAGAUCCCAGAGGGCUCCCGGGACAUCCAGAUCAUUGAGAGGAAGAAGUCUGCUGAUAUUUUGGCUGUCACAGAUCUGGCUGGGAGCUUCUUCUUCAAUGGAGACUACAAGGUCGACAGCCCCCAGAACUUCCACGCAGCCGGGACCAUUUUCAAGUACAGGAGACCCAUGGAUGUGUAUGAGACCGGCAUCGAGUACAUUGUCGCGCAAGGGCCUAUUGAUCAGGCGAUUAAUGUUCUGGUAUGGAAUCAGAAUGGCAGGAGCCCUUACAUCACUUAUGAGUACACUGUGCUAAGAGACCCUGGUUCUGCCGCCCUGCAGACCCUUCUCUACCCGGGAACUGAGAGUCGAGGCACAGGGGGCAAGACCAGAGGCCCCAUUUCCAUGGAGACCGACACCCUGCACCCACACAAUGGCAGCAUGCAUGCUAAAGCAGCAAAGGUUACAACUGGAAACGGAAACCAGGUGCUAGAGAAGUCCACAGCAGGGGGCGCUGUUGGGAGCAAAGGCCAGGAAACCAAUGAAGUUUAUGAAGAGACAGCUGCUAUAGACUGCGAGUUGGGGGUCCAGGCAAGGCAGCGGAAUACAAAGCUGAACGCCAGCAGACCGAACAGCGUGGGAGAUCACAUCUUCGCUUCUGUCGCAAUAGUCUCCAAGUCAACCUCAGAAGAACUGGUGCCGGAUUCUGAAAAUCUGAUUCGGAAUAGUCUGCUGGGGGGUGUGGUCGGCUCAGAGGAGCUGGUGGUGAACAUGACGACAAACCGGCUGUUUGCUAAGGGGGAGCCGCUCUACUCCACUGAGGUGGGCCGUCUGGACCCCGACUAUGACAGCAGCGAGCACACUGCCUCCCUCAGCUUGAACGGGACACUGCAGCUGGCUGUGACCCGGCGCACUAACGGUUCAGGAGGCUUUUUGUUUUCAAACCGAACGGGAAAUCCUGUCAGCAAUCGCACACACAAAGCCAGAAACCGUCUUAAGUUGCCGCGGAAAGGCCAGGGGAUGAGUGCGGCAGACAUGUACAGAUGGAAGCUGUCCUCACAGGAGCCCUGCAGCUCCACCUGUGCUAUAGGGGUGGCAGCUUCCUACGCCAUGUGUGUCCGAUAUGAUGGAACUGAGGUAGACGAGACAUACUGUGAUUCCCUGACCCGGCCAGAGCCUGUCCAUGACUUCUGUAUUGGGAGAGAAUGCCAGCCCAGGUGGGAGGCAAGCAGUUGGAGCGAGUGUUCGCGGACUUGUGGAGACGGCUUUCAGUUUCGGAUGGUGCGCUGCUGGAAGAUGCUGUCUCCGGGCCUGGACAGCUCGGUGUACAGUGAGCUGUGUGAGCAGGCAGAGCUGGAGCGGCCCUCCGAGCGUCGAGCCUGCAAGAACCCGGCCUGCGGGCCCCAGUGGGAGGUGGCAGAGUGGUCUGAGUGCCCUGCGAAGUGUGGGGAGAGAGGCACUGUGACCCGGGAAGUCAGGUGCUCAGAGGAUGAAGGGUCAUGUGAUGCGUCGAGUCGGCAGCCAGAUGCCAAAAACUGCACGGGGCCGCCUUGCGACCGGCAGUGGACUGUCUCUGAGUGGGGACCGUGCUCAGGCUCCUGUGGCCAGGGGAAGAUGAUCCGUCAUGUUUACUGUAAGACAGCAGAUGGCAGGGUGGUGCCAGAGUCCCAGUGCAGUCUGGAGAACAAGCCUCUGGCAAUCCAUCCCUGCGGGGAGAAGGACUGCCCCGCAAACUGGCUGGCACAGGACUGGGAGAGGUGCAACACCACCUGUGGGCGUGGAGUGAAGAAGCGUGUUGUUCUGUGCAUGGGGAUUGCGAAGGGCAAAACCAAACACCACGGAGCAGAGGACUGCGAUCUCACCAAAAAGCCUGCUGAGGAGAACACCUGCUUCGAGAGACCCUGCUUCAAGUGGUACACCACCCCCUGGUCUGAGUGCACGAAGACCUGUGGAGCAGGAGUGCGAUUGAGGGAUGUCAAGUGUUACCAGGGCAGGGAGAUAGUCAGAGGGUGCGACCCGCUCACAAAGCCUGUUGCCAAGCAAGCCUGUGACCUCCAGCCCUGUCCCACCAAACCACCAGAUGAGAACUGCCAGGACCAGCUCAGCACAAACUGCUCCUUGGCUCUGAAGGUGAAUCUGUGUGGGCACUGGUACUAUAGUAAGGCCUGUUGCCGGUCUUGUCGGGCCACGCUGUCUUAACACAGCCUGGGGGUAGGGGUGGGGGUGGAGUUGAGGUGAAGACUUCGUCUAUCCACCUAAAAUGGACCUCUCAUUGGGUGUGUUCAAAACGCUGCUGCACAAUGCCGGUAAACAGUUUUUGCUCUUGACGUGUUCAUCCAGCAUCCCCUCCAAAGGGUGACAACACUGAACGAGGCGUGAGGUCUGGAAUGUGGCAAUCACUUUACACACACCCUCACCAGCUGCAAGACCAGCCUGACCAGGUGCUCUUGUUCCUCCUGACUCCAGCUUAGUGGUGAGGGACUAUGGUGCUGACCUGGAGGGCUAAGGAACAGUGUGUUAAAUGGGUUUGCCGUCUACACCAAACUCUGAUCAUGUUGUCCCGAACUAAAAGGUGCCACUCAGCACUGAUGCUGAUGCAACUAAAGCCAGUAGUCACGAUCAAUAACUGCUACAUUUUAAUACUUCUGAUAAGUAUUUAGUAGCAGUGGAUAAAUAGUACAGCACAUUUACUAAUAUAUAAGUAAUUCAAGUAGUACUUGCAUACAAUAUAGUCUGGCUGGUACUAUGCAUGGUUUAUUAAGCAUCCCUCUAAGGGGAGCUUAUUUGUUUUUGUAAAUCCACCAUUUUUUCAACAGGACAUAUCUCAGACACCACUUGAGAUACAGACGCAUGUUUCAGGGAUACAUAAAGACAGAAUACUCGACAAAACCAUUGGUCUAAUGGCUGCCAUAUUGAGUUCAUGACUUCUAAGCAGUGUUAAUAAAAAAUUGCUGACAUUUUUGCCAAAUAAUUUAGGGGAUAUUUCACCAAAUAUUACAAGUCAUUGCAUAUUGUACAUUCAGUACUUAAUAUACUAUACAUAUGUUCUUAGGUACAAUUAAUGUACGCAGUAGAAAUGUACUAACUAAACAGAAAAGUAGUAGUACCCUUGGUAAGAGAUGAGUGGUUCUUUGUGCAUUUUUUGUUGCGACAUGGCCAGGGAGCAAGCAUGCACAUACAAACGUGUGUACUUUAAUAUUAAACAACGAUGUGCGAACACAUUAUUUCAAGUGUUAGCAUGGAAUGGGCUUUUUUCACAACACUUUAAGGAAUGUUUAAGGACAGUGUUUUGAAGUGUUUUUAAUGAAGUUAAAAACAUUCUAUAAGGUUGCUGUCAAACUUGAAUAAAACUAAUAAACUCACUGAAACAGUUGAUUUAAUUUAUCAAAAUGGGCUUUAAAAAAAGUCCUAAAGAAAACAUUCCUUAAAACAAGUUUUAUGAGUUUUAUGGUGUAAAUGAAUAUUGGUUCCCCCAAACAUUUGUGCCUCCCCUAUAUGCAUGUUUGUUAUUUAUCUUGUUUUUAUGCAAAUGAUGCCUGUAUAAUGCUAGUAAGUGUGAAAAACAUUUACAGGCUCUUAUGUAUUAUUGUAGGCGAGCCUGGACCUGUCAGAGGGGACUGGAUGGUACAAAUCCAAUAAUAGAAGAGCAGGGUUAAGAAUAUUGGGGAGGUGGAGAUAAGAUUCUGGCCCAGUUUAUAUUUCACAUUAUAACCUGACUCCAUCCUCAGUGUACUGUCCAAUCUGCAAUGAGACAAAAAUAUAUGUUUCAUGUUUUUUGUAUAAUUCCCAUUUAUAAAUCAUUUUCCCUACCUCCAAUAAUUCCUUUAUACUGUAGUAUUAUUCAUUCCCCGACAGUCCUCCAUUUGCCUACCAAUUUUUUUUUUCCAGUCCAAGGUUUAGCACAUGCUUUUACAGUCCAUUAAUUAGAUAAGCUUAUUAGCCUACAGUGUAUGUACUGCACUGAAGUUUUACAUAUGGAUAGAAGCUUUACAUACUCCACGCUUUUGACAUAAGUACUGACAGAUUUACUUGUGAAUUCAAGUCUGCAGUCAUACUGGUCACACAUAUAAGCAUCCAGGCAUCAUUCAAGUCUCUCAUUCCAAGGAUUUAGCUGAUUAAAUCAAAUAUAAAUGGAUAAACACACUAAGAUAGUAAAAGGCCGUAACUGCACCAUCCUGUGAUCCACAGCAGGGAUUUUGUUCCGCACCCCUCUCUCCUUCCACUGGGGGUGACAGCGAGCCAUAUGUGGGAAACACCGUCACCCAUAAACAAAGUGGCUUUUGGUUACUGCUGCUGGUUGGCCCUCUCAAAACGACAAUGUAUUGCAGGCUUGGAUAGGCACUCUACAAGAGACACUCUUAGAGCACUGUCUCUUCCAAUUAAAAACAGCCAUCAUCGCAAAAGCACUCUUUCCUUAUAACUGAAUCCCUGAGUGCACACCAAGGGCAUCUUCAUCCCACUGAACCCAGACACGAAUUUCAUUAGAUGUUUAUAGACAUUCCAUGCAAAAUAAAUGAUACAUCUUUAUGCUUGUCUAGACUUAAAUUGUUGUGUAUGUUAUUAAAUGUAGUUGCAAUUUCAAUGGUAUCCUAACCUUCUAUGUUUAUGUUUUAUGUGUA